GCUGUCUCCUGGUUCGGACAUCUAUGUGACGGUCUCAUCCAUGGCUUUAGCAAGAUCCCAAUGUCGUAACUCCCCUAGCAUCCUGUCUUCAUCCAGUGAGACUGGCUCUGGGGGGGGCACUUACAGACAAAAAUCCAUGCCCGAAGGGUUUGGAGUGAGCCGCAGAUCCCCAGCCUCCAUUGACAGGCAGAACACCCAGUCAGAUAUUGGUGGCAGUGGAAAAUCCACACCCAGCUGGCAAAGAAGUGAGGAUAGCAUUGCCGACCAGAUGGCUUACAGUUAUAGAGGACCUCAGGAUUUCAAUUCUUUUGUCCUCGAGCAGCAUGAAUAUACAGAGCCAACGUGUCAUCUCCCAGCAGUAUCAAAGGUACUGCCAACUUUCCGAGAGAGCCCCAGUGGGAGAUUAAUGCGGCAGGAUCCAGUGGUUCAUUUAUCUCCAAACAAACAAGGGCAUUCUGAUAGCCACUACUCCAGCCACUCCAGUAGCAAUACCCUCUCCAGCAACGCAUCUAGUGCCCACAGUGACGAGAAGUGGUAUGAUGGGGACCGCACAGAGUCUGAACUCAACAGCUAUAACUAUCUGCAAGGCACCUCCGCCGACAGUGGUAUUGACACCACCUCCUACGGCCCCAGCCAUGGCAGCACGGCCUCCCUGGGGGCUGCCACAGCAUCGCCUCGCUCAGGGCCAGGCAAGGAGAAGGUAGCACCCCUGUGGCAUAGUUCCAGUGAAGUGAUCUCCAUGGCAGACCGGACUUUAGAGACAGAUGGCCACGGCAUGGACCGGAAAGCAGAGUCCUCCCUGAGCUUGGAUAUCCACAGCAAGAGCCAAGCCGGCCCGAACCCUCUGACAAGGGAGAACAGCACUUUCAGCAUCAAUGAUGCUGCUUCCCACACAAGUACCAUGAGCUCCCGACACUCUGCCAGCCCGGUUGUCUUCACCAGUGCCAGAAGUUCCCCUAAAGAAGAGCUUCUUCCCGCCACCUCCUCACAGCUCGCUCCUUCCUUCUCCUCCUCCUCCUCCUCCUCAUCUGGCCCUAGGACUUUCUACCCUCGCCAGGGCGCUACUAGCAAGUACCUGAUUGGGUGGAAAAAACCCGAAGGAACCAUAAACUCCGUGGGAUUUAUGGACACAAGAAAGCGUCAUCAGAGUGAUGGCAAUGAAAUAGCCCACACCAGGCUGCGUGCCUCAACCAGGGACCUCCGGACAUCCCCCAAGCCAACCUCCAAGUCCACCAUCGAGGAGGAUCUAAAGAAACUGAUUGACCUUGAAAGCCCAACUUCUGAAUCACAGAAGAAUUUUAAGUUCCACGCACUCUCCUCUCCUCAAUCUCCUUUCCCCACCACCCCCACCUCGAGGCGGGCCUUGCACAGAACGCUGUCAGACGAGAGCAUUUACAGCGGCCAGAGGGAGCACUUUUUCACCUCAAGGGCUUCGCUUCUGGACCAAGCCCUGCCCAAUGACGUCCUCUUCAGUAGCACAUACCCUUCCCUCCCCAAGUCUCUCCCCUUGAGGAGGCCUUCUUACACCUUGGGAAUGAAGUCGUUGCAUGGUGAGUUCUCGGCCUCGGACAGCUCCCUUACUGACAUCCAGGAGACCCGAAGGCAGCCCAUGCCCGACCCCGGCCUGAUGCCCCUGCCUGACACUGCUGCGGAUUUGGACUGGUCCAACUUGGUAGAUGCUGCCAAAGCCUACGAGGUCCAGAGAGCCUCAUUUUUUGCUGCUAGUGAUGAAAACCAUCGCCCCUUGAGUGCUGCAUCCAACAGUGAUCAGCUUGAGGACCAGGCUCUGGCCCAGAUGAAGUCUUACAGCAGCAGUAAAGAUUCCUCUCCCACUCUGGCUUCUAAAGUGGACCAGCUGGAAGGUAUGCUGAAGAUGCUUCGGGAAGAUUUGAAGAAGGAAAAAGAAGACAAAGCCCACCUUCAGGCAGAAGUUCAGCACUUGCGAGAAGACAACCUGAGGCUGCAGGAGGAGUCCCAGAAUGCCUCUGACAAGCUGAAGAAGUUCACGGAAUGGGUCUUCAACACCAUAGACUUGAGCUAGGAAAGCUGGAGGUGGGAAGGAGGAGGGACCCAGGGAUGCUCGCUCUUGUGAACGCGCAGAAGCCCCUCCUCAUGCCAUUGAAAGCGGUCUCAGAGCACCUUCCCAGCUUCCACUCUGCCCCCUCUUGGGGAGUGCACAACACAAUUGCAGAUCAACAAUCAUCAUCUGCCUUUUGUAGAAAAGAAAAACAAAAACAUAAAAAUUUUAAAAAGAAAAAUAAAAGUUUAACUGCUAAAAUGUGAAUGUCUAUUUUUUUGCACAAUAUCUUUAUCUGUUAUGUAUUUAAAAAGAAACUGGGCCUGGGACCAGGGUGCCCACUGGCCCAUCUGCCUCUAUUUCCAUCAGCUUUCUUAUCUAUUUCAGGUAACCCAAGCUUUCCCUCAUUUGCCUGACAAAUGUCAUUGUUCCUAGGAAAAUAAAGGGUUUUUUUUUUUAACUUGUUUAUCUGGGGAGUGGGGAGGGAUAUUUCCUUACCUUCUUUCCUAAAAUGCCUGGAGAGGAAGGUGCUGUCAGAAAACGCCUGCCUCUCUUGAGUGACCCGGGCAUGAGCCAGGCUGUUUGCAUCUGUCUUCCAGAGACCAGCAGGAUUGGGGUUCAUUUAACAGCAGCGAGCUGUAAGCCAGAGGCAUUGGCAGGCCUGUGGGCCACGCCCCUCUCAAUCCUGCAUUGUGACGUCACUUCCUAUCCUCUUCUUCCCCAGGGAGACGUCCCAAGUGCGCUCCUCAGAGUCAGCGCUCCUUUUUGUUUGGCUGAAGUGAGCCCCACUGAAUUGGAAUCAACCUCUCCACAGGUUCCUGGCUCUAAAUGUUAAUUGGUUUCAGGAUCCCCCAAACUAAAACCUUAUUUUCUGUAUGCAUUUUCGUCAAAAGUAUAUAUAGUUUUUGUCUGAGAUAUUUAAAGAUAAAAAAAUGUGACAAAAUUGUUUAGCUUGUGCAAAAUGACUAUUAAUAAAUUAAUAAAUCCUCUCCAAAGCAAGACUUCACCAGUAUUUGUAACUAGGAAAAGCUAACAGUGAAUGUUAAAUUGUGAGUUUUAAUCCCUGCUUGUUAGGAGCAAUGACUGUGAUAAUAGAAUGGGCUUUUGAAAUCUGCAUGUCCCGGUGUGACAUUUAAGCACGGCACUUUCUGCAUCUGCUCGUGACCAUCCAAAGGAUUCUGCUGCAGAAAUUAUUGAUGUGCUAUUUUUCCUGUCUAGUGAGGCAGGCUGCUUUGGGGCCCUGGGCCAUUGUCCCAAGACCCUCACUACUGCAGAGCACAGGCCCAUCAGUGUUGACAGACCUGAGGACACCCCCUUGUUUCUUGCCUUCAUAAUUGUUACCAAAUUGAUUCCUCUGUCCCUUCAGUGGUGACUCUGGUCUGAGGGAAUGUUUAGCAGUCUAGUGGCAUCUGCUCGGAAGUUCCCUGCCCCAAGUAAUCUCAACUCUUUCCACUCUCCACCCCUGAACCAGGGUGGACUUCCCUUUCUUCGCCAACCCACCAGAUUUUAAUGCUACAGUUGUAUUCACGAUUGUGAUUUCUCCAUGGGAUUUUUUUUGCUGGUGACAUUUCUGUCAUGGAAAUAGGAAGAUUUCGGAGUUCCUCAUAAAGAUUUCAAUUGUCUGUCUCUUUCUCUGACUGUAUGAAGGAGAUUGUACAUUGCCUGAUAUCUCUUUGUAAAUGAGAAAUACUGCUAACAUCCAAGCAUUCUGAAGUCUUGCUUAUCCUUCUGAGUUUAGUUUUAAUUUUGUUUUACAUUUUGUUUGGGGACUUGGGGCAAGCUAUUUAUUAGAGUUUUGCAACAGAGUUCUUGUUUGAAGCCUCUAAAGACUACUUGUAAAAUUCAAACAAUAAAAUUCAUUUUAAACGCUCUUUUAAAA